AUUAGAACUAGCGCCAAAUAUGGUUAAAAAUAUUUUAGUAUUGUUUUUAUUUGUUUUAUGUGCCAUAAUUUAUGUUGAAAGCUGCCUAAUUACGAAUUGUCCUAGGGGCGGAAAACGAAGUGGAAAGUUCGGACUGGAAACAAACAUGAAACAGUGUAUUUCCUGUGGCCCUGGACACACCGGUCAAUGUUUUGGGCCUAACAUAUGUUGCGGUCCAUUCGGUUGUCUUAUGGGCAGUCCCGAAACCGUAAUAUGUCAACGAGAAGGUUUAUUCCACGAAAGAGAGCCAUGCAUGGCUGGAAAUGGUUUUUGCAGAAAAAGUUCAGGACGAUGUGCCGCUGAGGGUAUUUGCUGCAAUCAAGAUUCAUGCUACAUCGACAGGCAAUGUUCGAGCGACGAGAAACUCAAAUCAGAUACGAUGGCUGGUCUUGAUUUCUACAACUUCAUCAACACCUACCCCGCCGAAAUAACUAUUGAGAAAUAAUCAAUAUCGUCAUGGAUAUCGUAUCGUUUCGUUUACAAGAUUGUUUACUCAAG